CCUCGCUGAGUUUGGGGCCCUGGGGACAUGGUGGGGCCAGGCCCGGUAGCCUGUGGCCGGUGGGUCCGGAGAAACGCUGGUUAUGGACGCCCGCUGCGGCCGCGAGUUGCCUGGGGAGACGCAGGAGGCCCGGGAGGGCGUCCUGGGAGCCGGGAGAAGCCGGAGCGGAGGGCAGGGCGCGCGGUCCCCUUCGGGAGGCUGGCUCCGUCCCGUGUCCGGCGGAGGCGGUACGCCCGCCCCGCCGCGUUGACAGCGGACCAGGCGGGAUGGGGACAGGACGGCGGCGCGUCCCGCACGGCGCGAGCUUCCGUGAGGCCGGCCCCGCGCCCCCGCCCCCCGCGGCACGGCGGCCCGGCGGCGCUCGCGUUAGGACCCAGCGGAUCCGGGCGGGAGGGCGGCGCCCGCCCCGUCGGGGGCCCGGAGCGGGGCGCGGGGGGCGGAGGGGCGGCUCGGCGGCGCGCGGACUCGGAGCGGCGCGCAGGGACCCGCGGGCUGAAUUCUGGGAGCAGAAGCGGCCCUGCAGCCCUGGGGUGUUGGCUUGGGGAGCAGCUCGCCCCUCCUCUUUCUCCAGCUGUCCCCAGACACCGGCCCAGCGCGCUCCCUGAGCAGUCAUGAGAGGUGCCUCCCUCCUCCUGCUCUUCCUGCCUGCAGGCCUGCUGGCUCAGGGCCAGUAUGAUCUGGACCCACUGCCUCCGUACCCAGACCACGUGCAGUAUACCCACUACAGUGACCAGAUCGACAAUCCAGACUACUAUGACUACCCAGAGAUGACCCCUCGGCCGCCUGAGGAGCAGUUCCAGUUCCAGUCCCAGCAACAAGUCCAGCAGGAAGUCAUCCCAGCCCCCACCUUAGAACCGGGGACUGUGGAGACGGAGCCCACGGAGCCAGGGCCUCUGGACUGCCGUGAGGAGCAGUACCCGUGCACCCGCCUCUACUCCAUACACAGGCCCUGCAAGCAGUGUCUCAACGAGGCCUGCUUCUACAGCCUCCGCCGCGUAUAUGUCGUCAAUAAGGAGAUCUGCGUCCGGACCGUCUGCGCCCACGAGGAGCUCCUGCGGGCUGACCUGUGCCGUGACAAGUUCUCCAAGUGCGGCGUGCUGGCCAGCAGCGGCCUGUGCCAGUCUGUGGCGGCUGCUUGUGCCAGGAGCUGUGGGGGCUGCUAGGGGGAGCUGGUCCCCUGCCAGCCUGGGGCCCCCAGGCUCUGCCUGACCUGGUGCUUUCCUCCCAUCUGACGUUCCUCUCGUCUUGUCAGAGGGCUGUGGGCCUGGGGCUUCCGCGGCCCCUCCCCUAGCCUGGGGCCACCCCCAGGGCCACAAGGGGGCUCCCGAAGGGCCAGUCUCUCCCCCCGGGUGGGGGACAACCCAGGCGCUCUGUGGGACCUGGGCCCCUGACAUGCCUUCCUCGUCCCCCACCAGGACCGUCCCCCACCCCCAAGGUAGGCUGUGAGCCCCCCACCCCAGCUGGUCUGCUCGAAUCUCCUACAGCUCCUGGGCGUAGACCACCUUUUAUACAAAAUUAAAAACAGGUUUUUACGAAA